AUGGAGUCAACACCACUCCAUCACCUCCUUCCCAAGCUCCUCCUUUCUCUCUCCGUCCUCCACCACUUCUCACCCACAUCAUCACUACUCGCUUCCAUCCCCAAGGAAGCUCUUCCAACCAAAUCUGGUUACCUAACUGUCAAUUCCUCCUCUGGUUCUGCCAUUUUUUACACUUUCUAUGAAGCCCAAAAGCCUAUUUCAUCUCUUGACCAAACCCCAAUUCUAAUUUGGCUCCAGGGUGGCCCUGGUUGCUCCUCCAUGAUUGGCAACUUCUACGAGCUUGGCCCCUGGCGCGUAGCUUCUCACAAGCAAAACGACGAACAAAUUUCACUUGAACCCAAUCCGGGUCCUUGGAAUCGCAUAUUUGGGCUUCUUUUUCUUGACAAUCCUAUUGGAGUUGGAUUUAGUAUCGCCUCAACACCUGAGGAAAUUCCCAGAACUCAACAUGUUGUUGCCAAGCAUCUUUUUAUCGCGAUUAGAAAAUUUACUGCCUUGGACCCAUCAUUCAAAUCGCGUCCAAUUUAUGUUACUGGGGAGAGUUAUGCUGGAAAAUAUGUUCCAGCAUUUGGGUAUUACAUCCUGAAAAAAAAUGCCCAACUGCCGUUAUCGCGUCAAGUGAACUUGGCUGGUGUUGCCAUUGGGAAUGGUUUGACUGACCCAGAGACACAAGUGGCUACACAUGCCGUCAAUGGUUACUAUUUAGGAUUGAUCAAUGAAAAGCAAAAGACCCACUUGGAGGAGCUUCAAGUGGAGGCCGUGGGCUUGAUCAAAAGUGGCAAUUGGAGUGAGGCCACAAAUGCAAGGAGUAGGGUGUUGGAUGCAUUGCAGAACAUGACAGGACUAGCCACUUUGUAUGACUUCAGAAGGUUAAUUCCUUACCAAGAUAGUUUAGUGGGCAAAUUUUUGAGUAAUGUCGAAGUGAAGAAGGAACUAGGAGCGAAUGAAUCAAUAGUUUUUGAGGUAUGCAGUGAUGCUGUUGGGGCAGUAUUGCUUGAAGAUGUGAUGAAGAGUGUGAAAUAUAUGGUGGAGUAUUUGGUGAAGAAGAGUAAGGUUUUGUUGUACCAAGGGCAGUGUGAUUUGAGGGAUGGUGUAGUGUCAACUGAGGCUUGGGUGAAGAAAAUGAAGUGGGAGGGCAUUUCCAAUUUUUUGGAGGCAGAGAAGAAGGUUUGGAGGGAGAAUGAGAUGCUAGCUGGAUAUGUGCAGAAAUGGAAGAGUUUGAGCCAUGCUGUGGUGUUGGGUGCUGGACAUCUUGUGCCCACUGAUCAAGCAGUGAAUUCUCAGGCAAUGAUAGAAGACUGGGUUUUGGAGAGGGGAUUGUUUGCCGAUGAGCAGAUUGAGGAUGUAUCCACAAAUUUCAGGGGUGCACUUUGA